AAGUGAAACAUCUGUUCGGCAGCAAGUGCUCAGUAGUUCAUGGGUAUUGUUGGAAAAUGCUUUCGAAGCUUUAAGUUCUCAAAAUGAAGAUGAAAAUUUGGACUCUUUGCAGUAUUAUAUCAUUAAUUUCGACAUCAGACACAAUGGAUCUGGAGAUAUUUCAAAGCCCACUGAUAGUAUCAUUAAAUGAAAAUAUUCACCUGACAUGCAAGGUAAUGGGCUAUACUGGUGGUCCCAUUGACGCAAAGUGGGUAGGAGUUCAGUGGAAGCUCAAUCAAAAAGAAGUGUAUUCUUUCUCGGGUGGUCAACAUGAUGCAAAGCGACCAGGAGCAUUAAUUAAUGAUAGCAGUCUACUGAAGGGAGACGUCUCACUUUUCCUUCCACGAGUACAGAUUGCAGAUGAAGGAAUUUACACUUGCACUGUGUUCAUAACACCCGAAAGUGCAGAACGGACCUCAGAAAUACAAGUAUUAGCUCAGCCAAACGUUAGUUUAUCCACACAAUCUCUUACAAUUUUGAAUGGUUCAGAGGACUCUGUGAGCUGUGACGUGACUGGAUUUUAUCCUGAACUAUUAAAGAUCAGCUGGAUCAAAGUAUCAAAACAGAGAACAGAAAAUAUUACAUUCCUAAGUUACAGAAAGAAGUUUGGCAGGAAAAGUGAUAAAACGUUUUAUAAAUCCAGUCAACUGAACAUUAAACCAACAAUAAAGGAUGAUGGUGACAGAUACAGAUGUGUCGUGGAGCAUUCAACAUUUCCUAAUGGACUGACAAUGGAAUGUGCACUCACUGUACAAGUUGAGUCCGCUAUUAACAGAACUCUGAAUGAAUCCCGUGAUUAUUUAGCCCGUGCCUUGGUUAUAAUUUGUGCGGUAUUAUUACUUAUGAUACUUGUUGGAAUAUACCUUUGGACAAAACGGUCAGAAGAAUUACAGAACACCCCCUCAAAGGCUGAAGCCGGUACUAACAAUCAAGUGAAACGUUCUGAUGAGUGUCAAAAUCUGAUGGGGACAGAACCUGAAGAAUCACAGAACACUCUCUCAAAAGAUAAAGUCGGGAUUGACGAACAAGUGGAACUUUCGGAUGAAACGCAAAAUCUGAUUGGAAUAGAAAAUGAGGAAUCACAAGAGGUCUCUGAAAGUCAACAAAGUCAUACUUGGGAUACAAAACAAGAUACAGAGAAUCAGUCAUUAGAGAAACAAUCACCAGUAACAACUGAAUCUCAUCAAAAUGCUGCUACGAAUAAAGAAGGUGCAGAGGAUCAAUCAAAACAGAACGAAUCACAAGAGGUCUCUGAAAGUCAACAAAGUCAUACUUGGGAUACAAAACAAGAUACAGAGAAUCAGUCAUUAGAGAAACAAUCACCAGUAACAACUGAAUCUCAUCAAAAUGCUGCUACGAAUAAAGAAGGUGCAGAGGAUCAAUCAAAACAGAACGAAUCACAAGAGGUCUCUGAAAGUCAACAAAGUCAUACUUGGGAUACAAAACAAGAUACAGAGAAUCAGUCAUUAGAGAAACAAUCACCAGUAACAACUGAAUCUCAUCAAAAUGCUGCUACGAAUAAAGAAGGUGCAGAGGAUCAAUCAAAACAGAACGAAUCACAAGAGGUCUCUGAAAGUCAACAAAGUCAUACUUGGGAUACAAAACAAGAUACAGAGAAUCAGUCAUUAGAGAAACAAUCACCAGUAACAACUGAAUCUCAUCAAAAUGCUGCUACGAAUAAAGAAGGUGCAGAGGAUCAAUCAAAACAGAACGAAUCACAAGAGGUCUCUGAAAGUCAACAAAGUCAUACUUGGGAUACAAAACAAGAUACAGAGAAUCAGUCAUUAGAGAAACAAUCACCAGUAACAACUGAAUCUCAUCAAAAUGCUGCUACGAAUAAAGAAGGUGCAGAGGAUCAAUCAAAACAGAACGAAUCACAAGAGGUCUCUGAAAGUCAACAAAGUCAUACUUGGGAUACAAAACAAGAUACAGAGAAUCAGUCAUUAGAGAAACAAUCACCAGUAACAACUGAAUCUCAUCAAAAUGCUGCUACGAAUAAAGAAGGUGCAGAGGAUCAAUCAAAACAGAACGAAUCACAAGAGGUCUCUGAAAGUCAACAAAGUCAUACUUGGGAUACAAAACAAGAUACAGAGAAUCAGUCAUUAGAGAAACAAUCACCAGUAACAACUGAAUCUCAUCAAAAUGCUGCUACGAAUAAAGAAGGUGCAGAGGAUCAAUCAAAACAGAACGAAUCACAAGAGGUCUCUGAAAGUCAACAAAGUCAUACUUGGGAUACAAAACAAGAUACAGAGAAUCAGUCAUUAGAGAAACAAUCACCAGUAACAACUGAAUCUCAUCAAAAUGCUGCUACGAAUAAAGAAGGUGCAGAGGAUCAAUCAAAACAGAACGAAUCACAAGAGGUCUCUGAAAGUCAACAAAGUCAUACUUGGGAUACAAAACAAGAUACAGAGAAUCAGUCAUUAGAGAAACAAUCACCAGUAACAACUGAAUCUCAUCAAAAUGCUGCUACGAAUAAAGAAGGUGCAGAGGAUCAAUCAAAACAGAACGAACCACCGGCGCCGACUGAAAAUCAUCAAAAUUCUGCUCCGCAUACAGAAGAAAGUGAACAGCUUGAAUCGGAACAGAACGAACCACCGGCGCCGACUGAAAAUCAUCAAAAUUCUGCUCCGCAUACAGGAGAAAGUGAACAGCUUGAAUCGGAACAGAACGAACCACCGGCGCCGACUGAAAAUCAUCAAAAUUCUGCUCCGCAUACAGAAGAAAGUGAACAGCUUGAAUCGGAACAGAACGAACCACCGGCGCCGACUGAAAAUCAUCAAUAUUCUGCUCCACAUACAGAAGAAAGUGAACAGCUUGAAUCGGAACAGAACGGGAAUGAUUCAAGUUAAGGUCAGAUGUGCUGCAGAAGCAAGACACUUGAAUAUGAAGAAAUGUGGUGGAUAACAUCCACAGACUGUAUAUUUUUAUUUAUGUUAUUGCUUGCACUUCAAUCAUUUAUUUUAUUAUGAGUUUCUGCUGUGGCUAUUGAGGAAGUUUUGGAAUAAUGGGGUUAAUCACAGUGAUCACUGAGUGGAGAAUUAUCUCAAACUUUGAAAAGAAUUCAACUGGAUGUUGAUGUUUGGUUCAUCCAGCCUAUCUGUACCAGGACCGUCAAACUAGAGUAAUGCUUCCCAAUUUUUUUUCCCCCAUUGUAACACAUUUCAAGUUCAAAAGUUGCCAUGAUCCUUCAAUGAAACUGAGAGCAAGGCCAGAGCCCUGACAGCGAUGUUGGGUGAAAGAACCUGUGAAAUGCAGGAGACAAAUCGCUUUAACUUCAAGGAUUUUUCUGAUUCCUUUGGAGCAGAAAUCAUGGCUCAAAGGUCCAUCAAUGAGAGCACGUCCACCACUUUGGAUACAGCCGUUUAAAGGGGCCUCACCUUUUAAUACUCAGCCAGUGCUAUCCGGUGGUCAUUGCUGCCUUCACACAUGUGACACCAGAAUCUUGUGUCGUGACCCCUCAGAGGAUUGUGACCUGCUCUUUGGAAAAGAUUGAACUUCAAUCUUCUAGCAUGGUAAACCUUGACAAACCUUUUUUUUUAAUUGAAAUGAAGCAUUGAGAAUCUGUGCAUGCUGCUAAAGAAGAAUUAUGAGGCUAUUUUACUUUGUGUUCCUACUUGUUUUCAUCUAAACAGAAAUGUACAUUUUUUGUACUGCAAAAACUAGGCACUCUCAUGUGUCUAUGUAUUGACAAUCUUUACAAGGAAAAGCAUUGAAUUUUGUGAAAAAUAAAUCAUCUUAUGAGUUGUGUAUUUUAAUGUAUUAAAAUAAUAAAUAUCGGAAAUUGUACAUGCAUUUUACAAUAAUGUUCAUGAUUGUAUAAUAUUCCUUUUUAGAGAUGAAUUGUUCCACUUACAUAUGACUAUAGCUAAUUGUAAGCUUUGUGCUAAGAUGUCAGUUUUGCUAACCUUAAUAUUGUAUGUAUCCGAUCAUAAUUUUUAAUUUUAUUAUGAGUUUCUGCUGUGGCUAUUGAGGAAGUUUUGGAAUAAUGGGGUUAAUCACAGUGAUCAUUGAGUGCAGAAUUUUCUCAAACUUUGAAAAGAAUUCAACUGGAUGUUGAUGUUUGGUUCAUCCACGUAAUCUCACUAGAAUAUACAAUCUGAUAGAAAUGAUAACUCAGGGCAUGAUGUUUUGGGCAAUGUCUGAUUAAAAGGAAUUUAAAUGUGUUUUGCCGUAACUAUUUUUCUAACUUCUGUUUUAGUGAAUCAUUGAAGGCAAUUGUUCUGAACUUAUAGCUGAAUUCUUACAUUUCUGCUCAGAUUGCAAUGAUGGCUGGUUAGAAAUAUGGAUUUGAAAAAAACAAAUAUAUAUAACUAAUUAGUGGAGUCACACACAACUAUUUUAAAAAUUGGAAGAGAAGAAUUAAUGACAUUCUUAAACAUGAAAAUCCCAUUGUAUUUAGCAAUAAAAGGAUAUUUCCCAUUCAUGAGGUGUGGGCUGUCCGGGCUAGCAUUUAUUUUCUAUCUGCAGUUGUCCUUGAGAAGGUUGCGGCAAGUUAAUGUCUUAAACUGCUGUAGUCCAUUUCGUGUAAGUAUACCCACAAUACUAUGGGGCAGUGGGGGUGGGAAUCCAAGCCGGCCUGAAGAAAGGUGAUAUAUUUCCAAGUCAGGAUAGUGAAUGGGGAGGGACUUGCAGAUGAUGGCAUUUCUCUGUAUCUGAUUCCUUGAUCUUUUAGAUGGGAAUUGUCAUGGGCUUGGAAGAUGCUGUCUCUGAGGCUGUGGUGAAUUUGU